CCUAGAAAAAUCAAAUAAAAAACGAUUAUCAAAUUCCAAAGCACCCUGCUAAAAAUAUAGGUAAAAGUGUUUUAAUUAUUUAGAAUUUUAGCAACUGAGGAUCUGUUUUUCUAUACUACAUUAUAAGGAUUCUAAAGACCAGAGAUAUAUGGGUGAAUUUUGUUAAAGCGAGCAUUGUUUUUAAAAUAGUAUACUAUAAUUUUUUGACGCACAAUUCUAUUGUUUUAGUGAUUACAGAGAAUUCUAUAUCGUAGCAUGAUACAUUUAGUGUGUAGUCAUACGAUAUUUGUGCUAUAGGAGUUAUUUUUUUGCAUCAUACCAAGACAGGAAAAUGAGUAAACAUCAAGAAUCAUCAGCUCCUCCUGGUCCACCACCCGAUUACCAACAAUAUGCCCAAGAUACCCAUAUUUACCAAGGUACGGCACCUCCACCUCCGUAUACUGCUCAGCCUGGGCAAUAUUUACCAGAGUACCCUAAUUUUGUCCGAACACAACAAGGAUACGGGGCGAUACCACCUGCUACCACCGUUAUAAUAACUCAAACUCAGCCAGAUGUAGUUAUAAUAGGAGCUUGUCCAGCUUGUAGGGUAGGGGUACUGCAAGAUGAUUUUACCUGUUUGGGUGUUUUAUGUGCUAUAUUCUUUUUUCCACUUGGUCUUUUGUGUUGUUUGGCUCUGAGGGAGAAGAAAUGUCGAAAUUGUGGAGCUACUUUUGAUGCAUAAGUGCACAGAGAAGUUAGGCAAAAAUAUAUGGAGUUAGUAAUAGGAAUAAUACUGUUUUUGUAUAGUUUUUAGAUUUUAUAACUGUUUUUACAUAGAAUUAUAUAAAAAUUGUUUGUUUUUAUACAUAGGAAGCUUAUUUAUACAUUGGUAGGUGAUUUAGGUGAGGUAGGACAAGACAUGUAUAAGUUUAUAUAAAUGAUUUAGUAAUAUCAUCAUCAAAAUAUAUGUGUCCUCUUCCUAGGUAUUCUAGCUGAUAUCAGUAAAGUAAGCAA